CACAAUCUUCACAUCCAGGUCCAGGUCCAAAUGAACAACCUUCAAGUCCAAGUCCAACUGAAAGACCUUCAGGUGAAACUCCAUCUUCACCUCAAACUUUAAAUAAAGCCGCCGUUCCUGAAAUCCCUAUUCAAAUAACUUCUGCACUUUUAAAAAAUUAUAAUGGGGUUAAGGUUACGGGACCAUGUGGAGCAUAUUUCAGAGUGUAUCUUGUCCCUCACAUCUUAAUUUAUGCCUUAACAAAAUACAGUGUAAUACAACUUGAGUCCUUAUUCAAUGAUAACCCAAGAAUUGAUGUUGAGCACACAGGGGCACUUCAAAAUAAAUGUUCUGAAGGAAAGCAUUUCAAAUUAGUUGUUUAUAUAACACAUAAUACGUUAACUCUCAAAUGGAAAACACAUAAUCCUAAAGAAGAAACGAAGAGUGACGUUGUGGAUAUAAGAAAAUACAGAAUCCCAACAUUAGAACGUCCAUUUACUUCCAUACAAGUUUAUACGGCAAAUCCUAAGGCAGGGUUGAUUGAAACGAAGAAUUAUAAUAUAAGGACUGAUAUUCCUGAUACUUGUGAUACCAUUGCCACUGACUGCUUUUUGAAUGGUAACGUUAAUAUUGAGAAAUGCUUUCAAUGUACCUUGUUAGUUCAAAAAAAAGAUAUAUCCCAUGAAUGCUUUAAGUACGUGUCAAAAGAAAUGAAGAAAAAGAUGAACGAAAUAAAAGUCAAGGCAGAAGAUGAUUCCAAUUCUGAUGAAUAUAAAUUAAUAGAAUCUAUUGAUAAUAUAUUGAGUAAAAUAUAUAAAAAAUCAAAUGAACCUUUUGAAAAUAGUAAAGAAUUAAUUAGUUUAGAAGAUUUAGAUUAUCAAUUUAAAAAUGAAUUAUUAGAAUAUUGUAAUUUAUUGAAAAAAGUUGAUACUAGUGGAACAUUGGAGAGUUACGAAUUAAGCAAUGAAGAAGAUAUAUAUAAUAAUUUGACUAGGUUAUUGAGGUCUCAUUCUGACGAGAAUGUUGUAACUUUACAAGGAAAGCUUAGAAAUACAGCUAUAUGUAUAAAGAAUGUUGAUGAAUGGAUAUUAAAUAAAAGAGGUCUAACAUUACCUAGUGAAUCAGAUGAUUACUUUAAUAAUUAUAAUGACAAUGAUAAAAAGGAAGAUCAAGAUAGUGUAAAUAAUAAUAUGAACGAGGAUUUUAAAGAUGAUAACAGUAAUAAAAAUGAUGAUGAUACUAAUUAUGUUUAUGAUUUUGAUGAUGAUGAUUAUGAUAACAAUAAUUAUGAGACAGAUAUGUAUGAAGAUUCUAUAAAAGCAGAUAAGGAUGGUGUUAUUGAUUUAGAAAAAAUUGGUAACAAAAUAAAAUUGAGAUCACCUUAUUUUAAAAAUAGUAAAUAUUGUAAUUAUGAAUAUUGUAAUAGAUGGAGAGAUAAAACUAGUUGUAUAUCUCAAAUAGAAGUAGAAGAACAAGGUAAUUGUGGUUUAUGUUGGGUAUUUGCAUCUAAAUUACAUGUAGAAACCAUUAGAUGUAUGAGAGGUUAUGGUCAUUAUAGAAGUUCUGCAUUAUAUGUAGCAAAUUGUUCUAAGAGAAAACCUAUAGAUAGAUGUGAAGAAGGAUCGAAUCCAUUAGAAUUUUUAAGAAUAUUAGAUGAAAAGAAAUUUUUACCUUUAGAAUCUAAUUAUCCAUAUUCAUAUACAAAUGCAGGUAAUUCAUGUCCUAAGAUACAGAAUAGUUGGACAAAUUUAUGGGGUGAUACAAAAUUAUUAUUUAAUAAAAGAAUUCAUCGUUAUAUAGGAAAUAAAGGAUUUAUAUCACAUGAAACAUCAUAUUUUAAAGAUAAUAUGGAUUUAUUUAUAGAUAUGGUGAAGAGAGAAGUUCAAAAUAAAGGUUCAGUAAUUGUAUAUAUAAAAACACAAGACGUUAUAGGUUAUGAUUUUAAUGGUAAGGGUGUACAUAGUAUGUGUGGUGAUAGAACACCUGACCAUGCAGCUAAUAUAAUAGGUUAUGGUAAUUAUAUUAAUAAGAAAGGAGAAAAAAGAUCAUAUUGGUUAAUAAGAAAUAGUUGGAGUUAUUAUUGGGGAGAUGAAGGAAAUUUCAGAGUAGAUAUGUUAGGACCUAAGAAUUGUUUGUAUAAUUUUAUACAUACUGUUGUAUUUUUUAAAUUAGAUCUAGGUGCAAUAAAUGUACCUAAAAAGACAUUUUGGAGAAGAAAUGUCUAUUUCUUAAGACAUAAUCCUGAUUUCAUGUAUACAUUAUAUUAUAAUAAUUAUGAACCAGAAACAUCACAAAAUUAUAUAAGUGACGAUAAUUAUGAAAAUACUUUUGUACAUGGACAAAGUGAUGAAACAGAAGAAACUGAUAUAAAAAGACAAGGUGUUCAAAAUUCUGUGGAGAAAAAAAUCCAAAUACUCCAUAUAUUAAAACAUAUAAAUAACUCACAAGUAAAAAGAGGAUUAGUAAAAUAUGAUAAUUUAAAUGAAACAAAAGAUGAACAUUCAUGUUCAAGAGUUAAUUCAGAGGAUCCAGAUAAAUAUGAAGAAUGUAAAAAAUUCUGUUUAACCAAGUGGAAUGAAUGUAAAGAUCAUUAUUCACCAGGUUAUUGCUUGACAGAUUUAUACAAGGAAAAACAUUGUAAUUUCUGUUACGUAUAA